AUAAAUGAUUCCCAGGAGUGUGUUCUCUAUAGAAAUUCUCAGGCUUGCAAUCCAAUACAGAAGUGAUUCAAUAGAACUCCAUUCUAUCACUAUGAAGAAAAGUGGUAUUCCUCUUUUGUUGAGUAUCAUCUUCCUGACUCUGCUUGGCGGUCAAGGAACCCUAAUAAUGAGGAAUAGACGCUGUUUCUGCAUCAACACCAGCCAAGGGACAAUCCACCUAAAAUCCUUAAAGGACCUUAAACAAUUUGCCCCAAGCCCUUCUUGUGAGAAAACUGAAAUCAUUGUGACAAUGAAGAAUGGGGAUCAAACGUGUCUAAACCCAGAUUCAGCAGAUGUGCAAGAAUUGAUUAAAGAGUGGGAGAAACAGGUGAGCCAAAAGAAAAAGCAAAAAAAAGGGAAAAAAAAAUCAAAAAAGCAGGAAAAUUUUUAAAGUUAAAAAAUCUCAACAUCCUCAUCAAAAGAAGACCACAUGAGCAACCACUUUACCAACCUUAUACCCAAAAGGUUCUUCUUAAUUAUGAUGAAAUAAUUCCAAAAGGAGAUGGCAUCUUAAUCCAUAAGCUUUUAAUUUGGAAAUUUUCAAGCAUUAUUAUGAAAUUGUAAUUAAAGCUAGAAAGUUGCUUUUGAAAUCUAAACAUUAAGAAUUGUUA